CGAAAACAAAAACAUUCGACGUGAAAAAUAAUUUUUGCUUAUUGAAAGUUAUCGACAAUUUGUGUUUGGUAAAAAGACCAAUUGUGCAUUAUGCGUAUGACUCGAUAUUCGCGUGGUAGGCCGGAUUACGGUGGAGGAUAUGGACGAGGUUCGAACGGGCGCUUUCGCGGAGGACGCGGUCGAUUUAUGCGCGGUGGACACUUCGAAUAUGACCAUAAUUAUCAAAUGUUUCGUCGCGGUCGAUCUUACGGGUCAUACGGCUAUUCGUCAGAUCGUUACGAUCAAAACUACAGGGAACGAACUGAUGCGCGCUACCGCUAUCACCGAUAUUCGUCGUCUCCAAGGCGAGAUGAUCGAGAAGAAUAUAAGGACAAGCGCCAUGGUUCUCCCGUAGAACAUGUUUCAAGAAGCUCCUCUCACGAGGAUGUCCCUACGAAAAAAAGUGGCAGCAGGAAAAGGCGCCGUGAGCCUCACGAAUCGGAAGAAGCUAGACGGGAGCACAGUUCCAGCGCAGCCUUGAGCGAUAUUAGCUCAGGAAGCAGUUGCUUUGGUGCAGUGGAAGAUAGCGAUGCAUACGCCAGCCCCGAUUAUGAUGAUCUGACCAGCCAGUUAACAGAAGAGGAAGAAGAUGAUCAGGAUAAACAAAAAUCACGAGAUGAGGUUAAACGUAAGAAGAAAAAGAAGGAAAAGAAGAAACGCGAUAAAGAGCGUCGCCAGCGAAAAAAAGAGAAAAAACGCAAGAAAGAACUGCUGGAACGUAUCUGUCCGCCGGAUAUUGAUACUAGCCAGUCAAAAGAAAUUUUUUCUUCCGGAAAAAACAUACUAGUUAGUGUUAGUUUUCCUGAAGCAGACCCAGAAGAUGAGAAACCAACCGAAAAGAGUCGCAAGAAAUCUAAGAAAAAGAAAUCCAGUCGAAAGAAGCCAAAAUCGGAUCUCAAAAUCAAAGAAGAACAUUUGCGACAAUCACUCGAAGAAUUAAUUGCGUAUUCGGCCUCGCAUCAACGUAAAAAACGCAAAGUUGAUGAGAAUGUGAAACCGGUAGCAAUAAUCGAUCUGGAACGAUCUCCAGGCAAACAAGUUAUAUCCAGUCCAAAGGAGGUAAUAGUCUUGAGUGACGAUGAGGCUACGGGCAAAAAGAAAUCUAAAGCAGCCGCUGACUUGGUAGGUCCAAACACCCCACCGGAACCUGCGCCGAAGUCUCCAGAAUCAUAUGACCCCUUUGAUCCUACCAAAUCUUCCACCCAGUCACCAAUUUCGGGGCGCAAUUUGGGCAGCAUAUCGACCGUGAGUUAUCCCGAACACCACCAUCAUCACCAUCACCAUCACGGUCAUUAUCAGUAUCAACGUCAGCCGAACGACCAGAAAUUGUCUGUUUCGCAAACUUCGCUCGAUCUCAACAGUGCCAUCGGAGAACAAUACGAUGAUGGUAUUCUGGACUUACAUCCAUCUUCUCCGAUGAACCAUCUGUCACCAAGAACUCAGUACCGACAGCCGCCUUUGAAAGUUCAUAGGCCUUCACCACUGAAAAAGCAAAGUGGACAUUUGCCAGCAAGUGCGACGAUUACAUCCGGGGCAAUGGUUGCGGAAGCAUCUAGCGGUGCCCCUUUCGGGGACGAUAUGGAUGACGGAGAAAUCUCACCUUAUUCGCCCCGUUCUAGCGAUUGCGAUGACCACAUGUUUGAUCCUCCCUCGGAAGGUUGUGGUCCUUUCAACACUAAUGGAAGUAGUAGUCACCCGCAGCCCAAAACUAUUGCUCUUACGGUGGACAACCUUCGGAGGGUAUUUGGUAAUGACAAGAACACGCUGUACGGUGACCUUAGAAGGCCAAACGAGGCAGUCGCACUAGUCGACGAAAUGUACAAACCACAAAAAGUCACAAUGGAAAUGUUGGAUGACAUUCCCAAUUCCGCAGUAGAUUUGCAGAUUAAGGAAAAGCUCAUACAGAAAUUACAACGCCAGGAACGGAUUGUCGAAGAAGUUAAACACUUUCUCAAGCCGCAUUUCAACAAGAAACGCAUCAAUAAGGACGAAUACAAGGACAUUAUGAAAAAGUCUAUUCCGAAGAUCUGCCACAGUCGUUCGGGUGAAAUCAAUCCGCUCAAAAUCCAGAACCUAAUUACGGCAUACGUGAAGAAAGCGGUCGCUAAGCGACGAAUUGCAACAUCCAGCGGAAACGCGAUCGUGUCCUCAACUACGGCGGUAACGUGAUUGCAGCAGCAGCCACCGGAUCAUGAUGCGACAUUGAAAGCAUGAGCAGAUAUACUUCGACCCAGGCUGAACGAGCGAGGGCAUUCUUGAGUUUUAGAUAAUUCGGUUCGCUCGAUCGUGCUCUCGAUAAACCGGCUAUCGUGUGUAGUGCAUAAUCGGUGUUGUACGUGUAUGUUGAAAUUGCGCGAGGAAAGUAUGAUUUUGUAUGAUUUUUGGAUGUGAGUGCAUCCAUUUAUCUUGCGAUGCAACGGAAAGUGGUGAGAAACCAAUUGUAAGUUAAAUCUAGUUAUGUAGGUAAAAUGUUAUUGUAUCAUACUAAUAGAGAAAAUGUCUUUUGAUAGUAAGUCAAGUACUAGACAUGUGCUUGUUUGCAAAUUAAAAUACUUAAGCAAAAAGUGGGAAGAUGGCAAUGAAUGUUUGGUGUGGAAUUGUAGAAAAAUGCUAGUAUGAGGAAGAAGCAAGUGCGAAUUUGCCUAAGUUAUAAUUUAUAAAUUAUAUUUUAAUAGCAUCUCUCUGAAUCGUACAGUUGAACUUACCUCGAUUAAUAAUAGUUUCCUAGUAAGCAAGUACUGAUUUGUUUGUUUUACUGAUUAAGAUUUCUUUCAUCCACAAAAAGAACAUAAUCUAUUAAAAUCCAAUCAUGAAUUCUAUCGUAGGCAUACAUCUAUCGAGAGAAAAUUAAAAGCAGUAGAAUAGCACUAAUUUGAACGCGUAUUUUUAAACGGCGUUGCAGAAGUGUAAAAAAUGAGAAGUUUUAUUCAUUCAAUAUAACUAAG